AUUUGAUUUCAAAUCCAAGAUUUGUGCAAAUCUCUUGUUUGGCAAAUUUUAAAAAUUCAGAAUUUGGAUUUGUUCAAUUCCAUCCAAACUUAAACACAAGUCAAAAUAGAAUAAUUUGAAAUGCCAUUCCAAAACAUGUCAUUUGAAAUAAAAAAACUAAACGCACACUCCAGCUCCUCCUUCCCGAUCCACUCUGCUGCUCGCUCCUCUUCUCCCCUGCUUUCACGCUGCUGCUCGCUCCGGCCAUCCUUCCGUCUCCGAAGAACUGCUAGAUGGCAGGUGAUUUGAAUUCUAUCACAAAGACCUAAUCUGUUGCCUAUACAGUAGACGAGGGUUUAACUUUGUGUAUAUAAUCUGUGUAGUUGUCAUUUUAAAUUUCUGCUCUCAUUUUAAAAUUUUAAAUUUGUGUAUAUAAUCUGUGAAAACAUGGAAGAAACAACAUAUAUGCAAGAGGUUGAAGAAGAGCUAGAAGCUAUGGAAGCAAUUGAUGUGGAAGAUAAAGAAGAGGAUUUCAUCUCAACUGCUCGAUCUACCAAUGAGUGGACUGAAUUUAGAGAUCAACUUGCCAAAACAAUGUUUGAAGAAUAUCUAGUAGGAGGGACUGGAGUUCUAUGACUUUUAUACAUUUUUUCUAUGUGGUUCUGUGGGUUGUCAUGUUAAAGUGCAGCACGAUUUUCGCUUGCAUUUAUAAUGGAUUCAUUUGAUUGAGAAAUGCCAGCAUUCUUUCUAUUUAUUUACAUACAUACAGCUCAUAAUCUAAAGUGUGAGGGUCUGGUGUACUUGAUCCUAAACACUUGAAUCAGAAUGUUACUGGCCUCUUCUGCUGGGAAGUCAUCAUCUGAUUCAGAAUACUAUUACUUGUCGAAUCUCGAUCAGAAUAUUGCUUCAAUAAUUCAGACAGUGUAUUGUUUUAAGCCUGAUGGUGACAAGAAGAACACAGAAGGUGUUGGACUUGUUAUAAGAGAAUCUGAGAUGGUUUACAAAGCAUUCAACUUCGAUCAAGAGAAGCUAAUGAGGUUAAAGAAGUUGAUCAUGGAAGACGGGACCAUCAAGAACUGCUCCACAUUUGUGGCCCUCACGGCCUUGGUGUGGCGGGCAAGAACUGAAGCUCUUCAGAUGAAACCAGACCAACAACUCAAGCUAUUAUUUGUUGUUGACGGAAGAUCAAGAUUGGUGAAUCCUCCCUUGCCGAAGGGCUAUUUUGGGAACGGGAUUGUGCUAGCGUGUAGUGUGAGUAAUGCCGGAGAUUUGGUGAACAAGCCAUUGUGCUAGCGUGUAGUGUGAGUAAUGCCGGAGAUUUGGUGAACAAGCCAUUGUGCUAGCGUGUAGUGUGAGUAACGCCGGAUUGUGCUAGCAUUUCAGAUAUAAUUUCAGGUUUCUGCAGUAUAGUUAUCAGUGCUUGAUUAGCAUUUUUGUGUUAAGGUUGAGAUUCUUGAAUUUGGUAUUUUUGUUUGAUCAAUUAUACAUGUCUCUGUGAAGUUUUUGUAUUUUUGUUUGAAUUUUAUCUUAGACUUUAUUUGUAAUUUUGAAUGAGAUUAAAUAUCUAUCUUCAUGUAU